AUGACUAGCUUCAGUUUGACGCAGUUUGCACUGGUGCUUGUGAUCGUGGCGUGUGGUGCUACGGCCAAACCCCAGAAUCAGUAUGCGCACAAUAGCUACAACAAGAAUACGGGUGUGCGCAACACAUCGGUAGGACACCGGCUGACUAAUCAGCACCAGCACUACCAGCAUCAGCACCAACAGCAGCAGCAGCAGCAUCAGCAGCAGCAGCACCAACAUCAGCAACAACAUCAGUCGCAGCAACAUUUUGCACACCAGCGUCAGCCGCAAGCUUUGCGGGCGCCAUUAUUACCACCGCACAAUCCUGCUCAGUUCAGUCAACGGUUGCAGCAACCCUUCCCGAACCGUCCUUUCGUGCCGAUCACCUCGUACAGUAAUGACGUUUCGUACGAUGGCAGCUAUUCGUACGCGUACACGACUGGCGAUGGACAGCAGCAGCAGGCCCAGGGAUACCUGAAGAAUGCCGGCCUGAAGGAUCUCGAGGCCCAGUCCGUGCAGGGUUCGUACUCGUACACGUCACCCGAGGGCCAGCUGAUUACGGUGACCUACAUUGCGGAUGAGAACGGUUUCCGUGCCGAGGGUGCCCAUCUUCCCACACCGCCCCCCAUCCCGGAGGCGAUCCAGAAAUCGCUCGCCCUGAUUGCGCAGACGCAACCGGUUUCGGCACAGUUUAACGCCGCCUACAACCAGCCCCGUUUCCACCAGACCGGCCACGUGCCGUCGGCGAGCGGACACAACUACAAUCGGUACGGUUAA